GUAAGGGCGCGUCAUGUUGCUUCGGGUCACAAGCGCUAUGGCGCUGAUCGGAGCGGCCUCUUCGUUCAUGAUCAGCCUUCCUGCUCCUUCACACACAUCUUGUCUCACCACUGUAUGCUCUGUUGUGUCUCCCAAUCCUUCCCAGCCCUCGUUUUCCUCCUCCAGGAGAUCCAUCGUCGCUGGGAUCUUGAGCGUAGGGGGUGCUUUUCUUGCUGGCCCUGUUCUUGCGGAGGAUCGUCCAAAAAUCCCAGAGGAUCAGAUGAUAAAGCCUCCGUCAAACAGCUGCGCCCAGGGGGUUGGUGGCAAAUGCGAGGAGCUUGCAGAGGGAAACCCGCUCAUCAUGGAGCUUCAGAAGCGAUCUGCAGCAAACAGGUUGAAAUACCAAAAAGAGGAACUUGAAAGCUACUGGAACCGCAACUACAAGGACUUCUUCGACAACUCGUGCACUGCUCAGAAUCGCAAGUGCAAUUUUGUCCAGCGCGAAGAUGGAACCUGGGCGGUGAUCGACAAGGACAGUACAAUUCCCUUGAAGAGCAGCAAACAAUGAAGUGUCACUAGUAUGCGAAUCAGGCCAUGAAGGCGAUGCAGAAAAUGAUUUAUUCGCGGGUGAUGAUCAUCAUAUAAAGCGUUUCAACAAACAUUCAAAUAUUUACGAUCCGUCCUCAGGAAUUCCAAACCUAUCAAUCUUGCCCUUCUUGAUGUUCUUCGGAUUGGGACGUCCACAUUCCUUCCAGCGUGUCUCACAUCCAUGCAACGCAGCGUAUCGAAGCCUGUCCGAGAUGUCGUUGUUGGCUGCCUCUUGUCUGUAGGGGUUGCUCGCGCCUUUCAGCACAUCAAACAUGGCGGCUCCUC